GCAGCGUCACGUCACCACAAUGAGCGCGCCCUACUGAAGGCGCAUUCGCUCCGAGGCUCUCCGGGUUCCUCCUCAGCUUCAUCCCGGGACCUGAGGACACGAUGGAGAUCUCCAGCAGCAGUCCAUCCAACGCGGUGCUUUUAAACUCCCCGGAGAACGACAUGAACGUCUCCAAGACCCUGGACGUUGCCUUGGCGCGCGAGGGCGCGUUGGAGCUGGCGGUACCCGCGCGCGUGGACGUGCCGUUCUGGGACUCGCCGCUCAGCCACGGCCUGAACGUGUUCGUGGGCUUCAUCCUGUGCUUCACCAUGCUCGGGCUCGGCUGCACGGUGGAGAUCAGUCAGAUCGGUCAGCAUGUGCGCAGGCCGGUCGGGGUGCUGCUCGCCGCCAUCUGCCAGUUCGUCAUCAUGCCGCUGGUGGCCUUCCUGCUGGCCCUCGCCUUCUCUCUGGACGACGUGAACGCCGUGGCGGUGCUGCUGUGCGGCUGCUGUCCGGGGGGCAACCUGUCGAACCUCAUGACCCUGCUGAUCAACGGCGAGAUGAACCUCAGUGUUAUAAUGACCAUCUCGUCCACGGUGCUGGCGCUGCUGCUCAUGCCGCUGUGCUUGUGGCUGUACAGUCGCCCAUGGAUCGACACGCCUGUGGUGCAGUUGCUGCCCCUAGGCGCUGUUACUCUCACAGUGUGCAGCACACUCAUCCCAAUCGGUCUCGGGGUCGCACUCAGGUCCCGGUACCCCCGCGCUGCUGACAUCAUGCUCAAGGUGUCGCUGUGGUUGAUGCUGAUCACACUGGUGCUCCUGUUUAUCAUGACAGGUGUCAUGCUGGGCCCUGAGCUGAUAGCAACCAUUCCUCCUGCUGUAUACGUAGUAGCCGUGCUCAUGCCGAUGGCGGGAUACGCAGCAGGCUACGGGCUGGCCGUGCUCUUCUCACUACCGCCCAACAGCUGCCGCACUGUGUCACUGGAGACAGGCUGCCAGAAUGUCCAGCUCUGCACGGCAAUCCUGAAGCUCACGUUCCCUCCACAGCUCACGGGCGCAAUGUACAUGUUCCCACUGCUCUAUGCACUCUUCCAGGCUGCUGAGGCUGGCGUCAUCAUCCUGGUGUAUCGUGCAUACAGAACCGAGGUGCUUCGCAAGCAGGACCUGAACGAAGAGGAUGAUGAUGACACAAGCAUCACUUACAAGAGAAUGAAAGAGGAGGAAGAUGGGCCGUUUGACACAUCGUAUGGUUCAGUUACUGUAAACAACCCCAACUCAAUUGAACUGGAGACUCAGGGAGGGGCAAAAAGCCCAACACCUCUGUAGAAGACACAAAAAAAUUGGACAUCACUGUGAACAGAUGCUUGAACCGUGCAAUACAUCAUGACAUUUCAUGUUUUUAUGCCAUUCGCUCAUUGCUAAAGUAUUGAAGCCGUAACGCAAAUUUGAUUCCUUAUUACCUCGUCUUUGUUGAUGUGGCCUUUAACAGCUCUGAAGCCUUUCAUUUAAAAUGAGAUCUAAUAAAUUUAUUGCAUGUUUAAGAAACUUCUCCACUGAGAAAGCUGCCAUGAGAGCUAGGAGAAGAGAUAUACGAGUUAAACCUUAGUCUUGGUGUCAUUAUGCAUUUGUUGAUAUAUCAGUGUGACAAUCUGUGCUUAGGCUCAGUUUGAGUACAUAAAAAAAAAUCCUGGAAAUUUAUACAUUCAUGUUCCUAAAUGCUCAUGAUACCAUAUUAAUAAUAAAUAUUAUAAAACUGACAUAAUUCAGCUACAGGACUAUUCAAAUAAAUGCCCUACACCAAAUG